AUGGUCGACCUGUUCACCAUCAACCAUCAGCUAUCGUCAACCAUCACUCACAACUAUCAACCAGAACUAUACUACCCAAACGAAACAGCAAAACAGCGAAACUGCAGAACACUGGAACAGCGGAAUGAAAAGAGACGGCUGAACGAAACGAAACACCGAAACAGACAACUGUUUCUAGAUUGGGAUCCAGAGACUGCUUCUUCUACUCCUAGUAAGAAGAGGGGUGCCACUUGGGAGGCAUGCCAGGGGGAGGAUAGGGCUUUGGCCAAACAGGUUCCGGCCAAUGACCCUAUUCUCAACAAGGUUGGAAAAAGGGAGGAUAGGUGGCAGCGGGUUGCGGAUAAUUUGAUGCAAGUGGGAAUUACUCGCUCUUGGAUUUCCUGCAAGAACCGUAUGGAGCGGCUGGUUAAAUGGCAGAGGAGUGAAGAGACUCGCUCUCGCCAAAAAACAGGGGAGGUUGAGGAAGUCAACGAGCACCUUCGAAACAUGAUUCACAUUGUUCUCUUGUGUGGUUCUGUUUCCAAUAAUAAUCUAAUAAAACAGGAUACGAAGGGAAAAAUUGCGGAAAGAAAAGCAAAAGGUGCACAGGUAGGCCAGUCUUCUCAGACAGGUGGUCUUCGUGAGAAGGCAGAGGAUUUUAGGAUCACGAUACAGGAGCCUAAGAAAGCAGAGAGAGAGCGGAUCGCAGCUGAGGAAACUGCAGCAAGAGAGCGUGAGCAGGCUGAUAGGGAUCGGGACUUGCGUGAGAACUUAGAUGUUCUGAUUGACAGUACACGCUCGACGAAUGAGAGUAUGCAGAAGCUUAUGAAUGUAAUCAUUCAAGGUAUGGGUGGGUCGAGAGGUCAGUGA